AUGGUAGAAAUAGGUGCACCACAGCAAUCCGCAGAAGACAGCUUAGAGAAUGCCGAAUGGUACUGGGGCGAUAUAACUCGGGAAGAAGUAAAUGAAAAAUUAAGAGAUACAUGUGAUGGUACCUUCCUUGUUCGUAAUGCAUCAAAUAAAGAGACUGGGUAUACAUUAACUGUAAGGAAAGGGGGUACAAAUAAACUUAUAAAGAUUUAUAACCAAGAUGGCCAUUAUGGCUUUUGUGAGCCAUAUGAGUUUAACUCUAUUGUUGACCUUGUUAGGUUCUAUACAGAAUAUUCACUGGCACAUUGUAAUAGCAGUCUGGACAUUAAGCUCAUGUACCCACUGUCUCGACAUCAAGAAAAUGACUGCGGGGAAAACAUCAAUGAUGAAAAUUUGGAAACACGUUAUAAGGAUAUUCACAAAGAAUUUGUACUUAAAACCAGAGAUUACGAUAAGCGCUCUGAUAAAUAUAUGAGGCUACGUGAAGAGGUGAAGUUCAAGAGGCAAGCUUUAGAUGCUUUCAAGAAGACUCAGAAAGCCUGUGAAGAUCAUUUAAAAUUACAAGAGAAAAUGCAAUCUGAGGCUCAACCACAUGAAAAAAAUGAUUUAAUAGAAAAUAAUAGACAACUUAUAUCAAGGGUCAACAGUCUUAAACAGGCGGGACUCCGCUUAAACAAUAAUCUUAAAGAAACUGUUGAGUCUAAUUUACUUCUGGAAAGAGAAAUAACAAAAUUAAAAUCUGAGAUUAUUCAUUUAUACAAGAUAAAAGACCGAUACAAAGUGUGGUUACAAAGGCGAGGCAAAACACAAGAAUAUUUACAUGCAUUAGAAGAUGAUAACAUACAUAUAUUAGAGGAGUUAUUAUAUGCUCACCGUGAAAUGAUUACUUGGAUGGUUGAAAACUGUACUCGUGAAAUGGCUGAGAGGAUGCUAGAAGGGAAACCACAAGGCACAUUUUUAAUAAGACCUAAUUCUACAGGUCAACUUGCACUGUCCAUUUGCUGUAAUAAUAUGGUAUAUCAUUGUAUAAUCUUUAAGUCUGAGCGAGGUUAUGGAUUUGCUGAACCUUAUAAUAUUUACAAGACAUUAAAUGAGCUUGUCUUGCAUUAUGCUGUUAAUUCAUUAGAAGAACACAAUGAGCAAUUAAGGACUGCUCUGAAGUAUCCAGUUAAUGCACAUUUAGUAAAACCUGAUAAAAAAAUUCAUGAAGCACAGACAGAUUUAUCUCAUCAUGAAAGCCACCAUGAAACACAGCUGCAGUACCAAUGCAGGCAGAGGAAGCAACUUCACCCACUUCCA